UGUCAGUUUGCUAACCUAACCUAUUUCCUUUUUUAAUUGGUAGUUGGUACUUUCUUCAAGAAGUUUUAGUCCUUUAACUAAAUAUUUUCUUUUCAAACACAUUAAAUUUGACAAAAAACAUAAAUUUCAUCUCACAAUGGCCGAAGAAGUACAAAAGAAAUGGCAGAAAGAAUUCGAAGUUUUUAAUAAUUUAAAAAAAGAAUACCACAAGGCAGUAGCCCAGAAACAGCAAUUGGACAGCCAAUUGAACGAAAAUAAAGCUGUAAAAGAAGAACUUUUAUUAUUGAAAAAGGAUGCUGAAGUUUACAAACUCAUUGGACCGGUAUUAGUUAAGCAAGAUUUAGAAGAAGCAAAACAAAAUGUGGCCAAACGAUUAGAGUAUAUUAGUAAAGAAAUAAAAAGAUCGGAUGGAAAUAUUUCAGCUUUAGAAAAUAAACAAGAAGCUGUGCAUGAGAACUUAAAUAAAUUGAAGAGUAACCUGGAUAAUCUGAAAAUUGCUGCCUAAAUAAUAUUCUUUAGUAUAAAAAUUAAUUGUGGUAACAUUUUUUGCUAAUUUCCAGUUUUUUUUAUUUUUCUUUCUAAUAACUUACUAAGAAACACCAGUUUAAUUAAAAUGUUGUCUGAUGAAACUUGUAAUGUUAGGAAUAUAACUAGUAACUGUGUGAAGACUCUUCUUUAUUUAUUUUAAUAAUAAUUAUCUCAAAACAU